AAAAAAGUUCAUACUUUUAUAAAAAAAAUUGGUUUGGUUGAUCUCACAUCUUCCAAAACCGGAUUUAUACCCAAGUCUUUUCUUUUUUAUUCUUUGAACUCUUGUCAAUCCUUGCCCAUUGAAAUAUAUCCAUCGAUCAUGUCGAUGACUUCGUCUUCUGGUAAGACGGCCAAAUCCAAUAUUGGUGGACACAAUGAAGAGUUGCGAAAAAGGAACUCCACCUCGCAUGGCCUGCCACUGUGCUUUUCUUCUGAUAUUAUCAAUUCUGGGAAUGCCUAUAACCACUACUCACCGAACAAAAUUUUCAAGUUAGGAGAACUCGGAUCUGGUCUCAGACCGAGAGGAGAUGUUCAGGAUUUUUAUCAACUGAAGCAAAAAUGGUUAGCAAUACGAGCGCGUACGGGAGAAUUGUUCGAAGACACGACAUUCUCAAAACCGGAUUCAGUCUAUGCCUGGUACGCGGAAAAUAAACUUGUUCAAGGAGUGACGUGGCUACGCCCAAAGGAUAUAGUUGAUAAUCCAAAACUAUUUGUUGACGGAGUUUCACGAUUCGAUGUUCAGCAAGGGAAGUUUGGUGAUUGUUGGCUUCUGUCAAGUAUUUCCAAUUUAGCGAUGCACCGAGAUAUGUUCCUUCGAGUCGUACCGGAGGAUCAAAGCUUUGAAGAAAAAAAUUAUGCUGGAAUAUUCCAUUUUAGAUUUUGGUACUGCGGAAGAUGGGUGGACGUCGUAAUAGACGAUUUCCUGCCAACGAAAAACGGAAAAUUAAUAUGUGUACAAUCGGGUGAUCGAAACGAAUUCUGGAGCGCAUUGCUUGUAAAAGCUUACGCCAAGCUUUAUGGUUCGUGGGGUGCUCUGGAUGGCGGGUCCUCGACAGAAGCUACGGAAGAUCUAACCGGAGGUAUAUCUACCGCCGAAUAUAAUCUCACUGCAAUAUUUGACGAUAUGCUCCAAGACAUGGGAAAAAAUCAUGCACUUAUAGGAUGUGCGACACCAGCGAUUGAUGCGAACGGCUUGAAGUCAAAUCAUGCUUACGCUAUCACGAAAGUCUUGAAAUACAAGGGAGUUCGACUGUUGAGACUAAAAGAUCCGUUCGGCGAUGAGGUUGAAUGGAACGGGCCGUGGAGUGACAAUUCGAAAGAGUGGAAAUCUGUUCCUGACAUCGUGAAAGAAGAACUCGGUAUGAGGAUUGGCGCUGACGCUGACGGUGAAUUCUGGAUGGCUUUCGAAGAUUUUCAAAAUCAUUUCAAUUCUGUAUCGACUUGUUAUUUCAACUCGGGGUCAUUGAACAAGGACGGCAAACGUAAAUGGAAAAUUGGUACUUUUGAUGGCGAGUGGGUGCGUGGCGUCACAGCUGGACAUAAUGGCGGUAAGAAAUGGGGUAUUUCAAAGGGCUCGAUUGACCAUUGGGGAGCUUGGCUGAGCAAUAGCGAUUGCCUAUUGAGACCCGUACAGAAUCUACAGUACCGUAUAAAUUUGGGACAGCCGGAUCAGGGAAACGAUAAAUGUACAGUGAUAGUAUCAUUAAUGCAGAAACAUCAAAGGGUAAACCGAAAAGUUGUCGCAAGGCUGGAUUUUAUGUUUCAGAUUUAUCGUAUGGACAAACCUCACGAAUUACCGAAGCCAUUGGACAGUAAUUUUUUCGAAUCACGGAAAGCGAUUGUCAUUAGCAACGGCCAACUUUGGGCAGAUUCACGAAGUUUCGGCUGCCGGGUAGAAUUACCACCUGGAGAUUACUGUAUCACACCGAUUCUUAAUUCCGAAGACAAGGAAGCGGAAUUCUUGCUUAGAGUCUGUUCUGAAUAUCUGACUAAUAUGGAGGAAUGGGACGAGCAAAUUGGUCUUUGCGUGGAGAACAAUGAUUCGGUACCUGAUUCGUCAAAAGUUCAUUCGUCGAUGGAUUACAACGAUAACAAAUCAAAAUUACAGAAUUUUGAAAAAUAUGCGAAUGGUGCGUUGGAGGUUGGCUGGAAAGAUUUGGAGAAAGUGUUGCAGGAUGACUUUGGUGAAGAUUUCAGAGAGUAUCAGUGUCGCAGCAUGGUGAGUAUGCUGGAUAAGCUGGAUUCCGGUAAAAUUGGAUUCAGAGAGUACUUAGGACUUUGGAAUGAUAUUGGAAAGUGGAGGACAAUAUUCAACAAAUACGACAAAAACGGGCAUGGUCACUUUGAGACGUUCGAAUUGAGAAGGGCUGUGAAAAGUGCCGGAUACAAUUUGAAUAAUUACACGCUGAAGAAGCUCGUGCGUCUUUACGAAAGCAAUGUUGGUAAAAUCACGUUCCAGGAUUACGUCAUGUGCGCAUUACAAAUGAAGACGAUGAUUGAUUCACCCGGAAAAAAUCUGGAAGGAACGAGCACCAAAUCAGCUACGUUUGGACUUUGUUCUAUUUAAUGCUAUGAAUUAAAAGGUUUCACAGUUUUAUAACGAUUAUCUAACUUGUAAUUUCCAUAAGCUUCUAUAAGAAAGAAAUGUUAUUACAUUUAAUAAAAUGAUAACGAUCAA